GAUAAUGGUGAAACGGCUAUUUCUGCGGAGCCAGUACUUUUGUGAAGCAAAGAUAUCUCUUUAAACAGAGUGUGAGCUGGUGCUGACGAGUGACUUUUCCCUCCCUCCUAUAAAAGCCAGCACUCCCCCUCCUGCUGCAGUCAGUCCUCCUCCAGUCCGCUCAGCAUGAGUUUCAUGGAGCAUCACCUCUUCGGCCCGGGCUCGUACCGCAAGGCUCGGCCCGCCUCCGUGUCCUCCAGCGGCUUCCACUCCCAGCGCCGCCGCCUCAUCUACAGCCAGCCGCCCUCCGUCGACAGCCUUGAGACCUUUAACGGUGACAUGACGAGGAGGAACGAGAAGGAGAUCCUGCAGACCCUGAACGACCGGUUCGCCGGAUACAUCGAAAAGGUGCGCAACCUGGAGAUGCACAACCGCAACCUGGAAGCAGAAGCGGCGGCUCUGCGGCAGAACCAGGCCGGGCGCACCUCAGUUGGGGAGCACUACGAGCGUGAGCUGGGGGACCUGAGGGGUCUCCUACAGCAACUUACAGGGGAGAAGGCCUGCGUAGCUCUGGAGCACGAGCACCUGGAGGAGGACAUACAGCACCUGCGGGCAAGGCUGGAGGACGAGGCGCGGAACCGGGAAGAGCUGGAGGCUGCCGCUCGCACCAUGAAGAAGUAUGUGGAGGAGUGCCGACUGGCGCGACUGGAGCUGGACAAGAAGCUGCGUGCCCUGGAGGAGGAGGACGCGUUUCUGAAGAAAAACCACGAGGAAGAAGUGGCAGAGCUCCUCGCGCAGAUUCAGGGGGCACAGGUGAGCUUUGAUAUGCGAGACUCGCUCAAGACGGACGUCACCGCGGCACUGCGAGAGAUCCGCACACAGCUGGACACUCACACAAACAAGAGCUCAACGCACGCAGAAGAAUGGUUCAAGGUGCGCAUGGACCGUCUGUCCGAUGCUGCGAGGUCAAACCAGGAUGCAAUCCGUGGGUCUCAGGAGGAGAUCGGAGAGUACCGCCGUCAGCUCCAGAGCCGCACCAUCGAGCUGGAGACUCUCAGAGGAACCAAAGAGUCCCUGGAUAGGCAGCGCAUGGAGAGUGAAGACAGACACCAUGAUGACCUCAACUCUCUACAGGAAACGAUCAAUCAACUGGACAAUGAGCUGAAAACGACUAAAUGGGAGAUGGCGAGUCAGCUGAGAGACUAUCAGGAGCUGCUGAAUGUCAAGAUGGCUCUGGAUAUUGAAAUUGCUGCUUAUAGGAAAUUAUUGGAGGGGGAGGAGAACCGCUUCGUAUCAGGAGGUAGUCCGUUCUCUUACCUGGAAGGCAGAUUCUCUAGCCACUUCAAAGUGAAAGGAGAGGAGAUCUCAGACACCGUCAUUGUGGAGGAACAGACGGAUGAGACCCAGGUGACGGAGGUGACAGAGGAGGCAGACGAUGAGGAAGAGGAGGAAGAGAAGGAAGAGGAGGAGGAAGGUGAGGAAACCAAAGACGAGGCGGGAGAGGGUGAAGAAGGAGAAAAUAAGGAGGAGGGAGAAGAAGAGAAGGAGGAAGAAAAGGGAGCGGAGGAGGAGGAAGGGGAAAAUAAAGAGGAAGCAGGUGAGGAAGCAGGUGAGGAAGCAGGUGAGGAAGCAGGUGAGGAAGCAGGUGAGGAGGCAGGUGAGGAAGCGGAAGACAAAUCAAAAUCUCCAGAAAAAGGUGCAUCCCCUCCUUCAAAAUCACCUCAGCCUAAAUCUCCUGCUGUCGAAUCACAAAAAUCACCAGAAAAAUCACCAGCAGCCAAAUCCCCUAUUCCCAAAUCACCCGCUAAAUCGCCUGCAACCAAAUCUCCGUCAGCAGAUGAGUCAAAGUCACCUGCAGCAAAGUCACCUCCGUCCAAAUCACCUGAAUCUAAAUCUCCUCGCCCCAAGACCCCUGAACCAAAGUCUCCAGUAAAGGAAAUGGCCAAGCCUGCUGCUGCCAAAGACACCCUGAAAGAGGAGAAGAAAGGAAAGAAAGAGGAGAAGAAAGAGGAGAAGAAAGAGCCUGUCAGUGAGGAAAAGAAGGAGAAAGAGCAACCUGUGAAGGAGGAGAAGAAACAAGAGCCCAAGGAGAAAGAACCGGAGAAGUCAGAAAAACCUGAUAUUAAAAAAGACACAAAGGCUGACGACAGUACAAAACCUGUCACUCCAAGCAAGCCUGCAGAGGAAAAACCUUCCCCCAAGUCUGAGCCGAAAGAUAGCGCUCCCCCCGCCAAGGAGGAGAAACCCUCUGCUCCUAAAUCAGAGGCCAAGCCAGAGGUAAAGCCUACUUCUAAACCCCAGCCUGAGGCAACAGAGAGCAGCAAGAAGGAGGAGAAGAAGUCAGAGGAGAAGGCCGUGCCUACAGCGGAACCUGUGAAAGCAGAGAGCAAGAAAGAGGAGAAGAAGCCAGAGGAGAAGAAGCCAGAGGAGAAGAAGGAGGCUAGUAAAGAGGAGAGUAAGGAGACAAAGGACGAAGGGAAAGCUGAGAAAUCGUCUAGCACUGAGUCCAAGGAGAGCAAGGAGGAGAAAGUCAAGAAAUAAGAUGAACAUGCUGCUUUCAAGGCACCAGAAGAGGAGAUGCCAAAGAACUAUGAAUGCUGAGCAGGAGAAAAGGCAGAGAAAUGACCAAAAGCAAAGCAGGCGAUGGUAUGUAAGCAAUAGUGAUUUCUGUAGCAAAUAAUCCCUUGCUCCUUAAGUAUGGCCACUACACCCCCUCCCCCUAUGCUUCUGAUGUAUGACUGUAGUGAAUGCAGAAUGCUCCUAACUCUUCAUCUGAAUGUGACAACUGCCCUUAAUCAAUAACAAGUGCAUUUAAACUGAAUCCCGCUGACGGGGACGGUAGAGGCCUGCUGUAUCUACAGAAGCCUUCAAGGGUAGAUGUCAAAAUAAUGUCAAGCUAAAGAUUGUGACAAAUAUUAUAUAUAAAAAUGUAUAUUUAACAGAUACAAAUGUCUAUUAUAUUUACUGAUACACGAGUUAGAAAGACUUGAAUUUUGCUUGUCGCACACCUUAAAAUGCAGCUUCUCCUGACAGGUGAGCUGCAGCAUCUCACUCCUCUGGUCUGCAAUGCUAGGACAAUGAUGACUGUGCUAUGUAUAACUACUGAGAAUAUGCAAUAUGAAACUGAUAAAUAAAGAAUAUAAAUAUCAAA